AUGGCGAAUUUAAAUGUUGUUUAUUGCUCUUUUGAAACUUUAACACUUGUUCGAAACACGUGGCGAAAGCGGAGGGCGCGGUUCCUAGUCGAGCUGGCGGUCGCGCCAUCAGCACAAAAGACGCAGAUCUUGAAUAGAAGUCAAGGGAGCGGGAUUUUCAUUUCCACGAAGGGUCGGCAUGUGCUUGCCGAUAGAGUAGAAUCACCGUCGUGGUGGGAGAACAGCCACAACCAGGAGCCCCAAACUCCGCUCGUGCUACAACGCCAUCUAUGGGUAGUAUGGGACAGAAUUAAACGUAUUAAGGGUAAUACUUAUCAACCGGGUCCUGCGCAGAUAAUUUCUCACGGUUCUGUUAUUGAUGACAAUCAAGGCAUAGCAAAUCUUCUUGCACAAAAAUUCGAGACGGCCUCAAGCAAUGCAAACUGCACCCCCGCCUUUUUAUCCCACAAAAACCAAGUGGAAUCGUCUUUUGCGCCCCCCCAAAUCGAUUCAGUCCACCCACUCAACAAUAUUUUUUCCCUGGAAGAACUAGAGAAUGCACUUCAAGCUUGUCCCAAUUCUGCUGCAGGUCCAGAUGACAUACCUUUCAUCUUUCUCCAAAAUCUUCCUUGCACCGGAAAAGUUAUCCUCCUAAAUCUUUACAACGACAUCUGGACUGGCCAUUCCUUUCCUGAGCUCUGGUCAGAAGCUAUUAUUAUUCCAAUCUUAAAACCCAACAAACCUAAAUUCGAUGUUAACUCAUACCGGCCCAUUUCUCUUACUUGCACAAUGUGUAAACUCAUGGAGAAAAUGAUAAACCGGAGACUUGUAUGGUAUCUAGAAAAGGAACAUCUUUUAAACAUCCAUCAAAGUGGCUUUAGAAAGCUUCGUUCCACAGCCGACAACAUUAUUAAUCUCGAAUCUGAAAUUCGCGAAGCUUUCGCUAAUAGACACAAAGUUCUGGCUGUUUUUUUUGACAUUGAAAAAGCCUAUGAUAUGACUUGGCGGCAUAAAAUCUUAGACCAACUUCUUCGAUGGGAACUCACUGGAAACAUUUAUUUUUUUGUUUUUAACUUCUUACACAACCGUACUUUUUCAGUAAGGGUAAACAACACGUUAUCGAGAAAAAAGAACUUACAAAACGGCAUCCCUCAGGGCUCCGUCCUUAGUGUGACUCUCUUUCUCAUAGCAAUCAAUGAUAUUCUCAAGGAUGUAAACCACCCUGUAAAAGGUGGCCUCUUUGCUGACGAUCUCAUCCUCUACAUAAAAGGAAAGGAACUCCAAUCAAUAACCAGUCUACUCCAAAGAGCCAUACACACUGUCCAGGCCUGGUCCGAAAAUAACGGAGUUCGAUUCUCAGCCGAAAAAACGAAAUGUAUCUGUUUCUCGCAGAAAAGCGGGCAAUUACCUCCACCCCUCCAGCUUCAGGGAAUAAAUCUUGACUAUGUUCCUCAAGCCAAGUUCCUAGGAGUGGUUUUUGAUCAGCACCUCUCAUGGAAACCGCAUAUAGAUCACUUAAAGGCUACCUGUCUAAAAAUUGUAGACCUUCUGAAAGUCCUCUCUCAUCCUAUUUGGGGAGCCGACACCCAAAUCCUCCUUCGUAUCUACAGAAUAUUACUACGACCCAAACUUGAUUAUGGAGCAGUGGCCUACUCAGCAUGCCGUCCCAGGCUCCUUACACCUCUAAUCACUCUUCAGAAUUCUGCAUUACGAAUAGCCCUUGGGGCCUUCCGCACAAGCCCAGUUAUCAGCCUCUAUAGCAUAGCAAAGGAACCGCCUCUUCUUUUCCGUUUCAAGUACCUUCAGUUAUCCUUCGCAGCUAAUACCUCUAGAAAUCCCAGCAAUCCUGUCCUCCAGCAUGUAUUUACCGAUCGCCUGACUAUACUAUUUGAUCGCAAACGACACCUAAUCCCACCCAUCUCAAUUCGCCUUCAACAAGAUCUGGUAACUCUCGGAAUACCGUCCUUCCCCGCUAUUCUUCCAUACGAGUUCGCUACACCCCCGCCCUGGCUAAUUCCAUCUCUUCGACCAGACACCACUCUCCUCCAGUUCACCAAAACUAAUACACCCGCUUCAGUGAUCCAGACAGAAUUUCAUACCUUACAAGCAACCUGCUCAGAUUCGACUUUUCUAUACACGGACGCUUCGAAAUCAGUCACAGGCGUCGUCGGUUCAGCCGUCGUUGGGCCUUCCGUACGCCGACUAUUACGGCUACCAUCUCCAGCUAGUGUGUUCACGGGCGAACUCUACGCUCUCCUCCAAGCCUGCAAGAUUAUCACCACGAUGAGCGCCUCUAAAUACUGCAUUUGUACCGACUCUUUAGCCAGUCUAAGCGCACUGCGAAAUAUUUAUUCAACCAAUCCGUUGAUCAUGCAAAUUUUUGAAGUGUGGACCAUGCUCUCCAAUAGCGGCAAAACCGUCCGUUUCAUCUUUGUUCCAUCUCACACUGGCAUAUCGGGAAACGAAGAAGCUGACAGGGCUGCUAAAGAAGCAGUCGAAUCGGAAUCUGCCGCAGAAAUUUUGUUAGUCCCAGCACCUGACGCCAAAAGUUUAUUUAAACAGGCUAUCAUUCAAAAGUGGCAAACAGACUGGACCUCUACGCCUACAGCAUUGCAGCAGAUUAAGCCAGAAGUUAACUGUAUACUUCCACUUCCGCCAGAUCGUCGUGAUCAAGUCGUUUUAACGCGGUUGCGAUUAGGACACACUCGGCUCACCCAUGGAUACCUGCUCAACCGCACCUCCCCAGCUACUUGCCAGCAAUGCGGAUGCCGUCAAACUGUCCAGCAUCUCAUCUGCGAUUGUCCCCACUGGCAAACCCAACGCAACCAUUUCCAAAUAUCACCCAACCUCGCCGAAGCGCUAGGAAGUACCAUCCCGAACGUGGUCAACAUCCUUCUGUUCCUUAAACAUAUUAAGCUAUUGUUUCAAUGCCCACCGGGAAAUUUCCCGGUGUCCCGGGGAUACAAUCCGACAUUGACAAAACAUCAUUGUUUUGGUUCACAAAAAUCUGGUUGUAGUGUUUUGACACAGUAUACUGUGACGGCUGUACAUAUACUGUGGCUGUACCACGCUGUACCAAUGUACCAACGAUACUGUGCAUAA